AUGCUUGUCGUCUCUGCAGGGUUCCUGCUAUCGCUCGUCUCUGCAAUAACGAUACCCUUUGGCUCCAACAACACCGGACUUGUAACAAAUUCAACAGGCAACGCUGCAUCAGUCUCUGUCCUGGUCGCUGGAAGCAAUGGGACUUCCGCAAACGCUGCGGUCGCCGGUAUUGGUGGCACACCAGUGAUUGAGAUAACCACAGUGACCGUCCCCUUCGACCCGAGUACCGUUGUUCCUGUCAUUAUCAAAAUUGGCAUUGAGUUUACCACCAUUUUGCAAGCGCCAGCGUACACACAAACUGCAUAUGCUUCCAGCGAAGACCAGCCUGCAUGGGUCAAUCUGCAGACCAUCGCUGUGCUUGCGCCUGUAAUUCCCUCGUUUAUCGAUACCAGCGACCCUGUUCAUUUCGAGCCUUCCAUUCAGACGACCAUUCAGUAUGCCACAACUCCGGAGGGCGUCGCUGUGCAACGCGAUUUCUCCAACAUUGAUCUUGAUUUCCAUCACCCGGCAGUGGUGAUUGACCAUACAGAUUACAUUGUGGCUUCAUAUGCAGGCCCGAAUGUGAUGGAAUUGCAAUUCACCAAUGCGCAAGCCGUCCAAUACGCUGCAACACAAUGGCUUCCCGCUGGGCAAGCCGCAGUGGUGCUUGUUGCAUUCCUGCCCGGCUCGCCAGACUACAACCUUGGAGGCAAUACCUACUUUACUGCCGUUAGCAUUGUUUGCAAUAUCCAGCAGCUCAAAUGUACGGUACAGGGUAUCGAUGGCGGGGCUGAAUCCGCGGUGAAGCACUUUGAUGCUGAAUUUGGCAAGGACGUGGUACCCCUUUACUCAGACACCAAGACGGGUUCAAAGGGCCUGGGUACAUCGAGACCUGUUGUUUCAACAAACGGUCUUCCCUCGUGUGCUUUCGGGGACGACUUUGAUGAUUGUCUUGAUCGUCAACUGGGUUACAUUGACUUCAAGAGCGAUCUGGCAGCUGGUGUCAAUGAGAUUGCACCCGGUGCGACCCUUGAUGACACGAGCUUCCUCCUCGACAAGCGCGACUUUGCAAAAAGACAGAUGAUCUCCGACUAUAAAGAGUCCCGUCUGAACAAGAGGUGUUGCUCAUGGUUCAAGAAGGCCUUCCGCAGCAUCAAGAACGCUGUGCAGAGAUACGUGGUUGAGCCAGUCAAAAAGGUGGUGCAGGUGGUGAAGAACACGAUUCAGGAACUCACAUCAAUUGACAGAACCCUGGAGACCAAAAAGUCAUUGCAGUUUCCUCCCACCGAUUACACCUACGACACGUCGCCUUUCAUUGGCAAGGCCAUCUCCAUUACGCAAGGAGAUGACUUGAGCGCCUGGUGUGUCGACUGUGGCACUUCGGGUUCAGUUACCAUUGCUGGCCGCCUUGCUGCCAACCUCAUUCAAGGCUUCACACAAGCAUAUAUCGGCAUAAGUGGCAGCAUUGCCGCCGAGGUUAACAUCGGUAUUGAUGCAAAGAAGGCAUUCAAGAGGACGUACAAGAAGAAGCUUGCUGAGGUUGGUGUUCCUGGACUCAGUGUGCAGCCCUUUUACCGCGUUGGUCCAGCUUUGAUCUUUGAGGUCGAAGCCGACUUUGGCCUUGAGUUGCAAAGUCAAUUCUUGGCCGGUGCUCGCGUCGAAAUCAACAACUUUGAAGCUCGUGUUGAUGCUCUUCGGUCGAGCAACAGUUUCCAGCGCAACUUUUCGCCAGUCUUCACCAAGCGCUUCGAGGCCAAGGGUCAAGUAAAGGGAUCUGUCGAUAUUGGCCUACCUGUCAGUAUUGCAUUCGGUAUUGAUGUCCUCAGCGGCAAAUUCAAGCGCGACAUUGCUCUAGUUGAGAAGCCAGGUGUACAUCUGGAUGCUGCCAUUGCCUUGUAUGCUUCUGCCACUGAAGCGCCAAGACUUGUUACCAUCAAUGGCUGUAAAGGUGUCGACACGAACGUCAAUCUCUUCAACAAGGUCUAUGCGGUCGUUGGCACCAGCAGCUAUCCUAUCUUUGAUUUUGCGGUCCCCGUUGCCAAAUCUUGUUUCCAGAUUGCGGGCGUCGAGGAUGCUCCGUCAAGUGCAACCGUGCAGCAAGAAGCGCCAGACACACCGUUCGCGGCUGAUACUGGGCCUCAACCUCAGGCAACGACUGAUGCCGCUCCUCAACCUCAGACAUCGACUGAUACUUCGCCUCAGCCUCAGCCUCAGACAACGACUAAUCCUUCGCCUGAACCCCAGACAACGACUAAUCCUUCGCCUGAGCCCCAGACAACGACCGAGCCUGCGACCCAGUCUUCGUCUCAAGUAUCUGCUGAGGCCUCACCUGAGCCACAACUUCCAGUAGCAAAGAGGCAACAGCAAAGUGCAAGCGGUGCGGCACCGGCCCCGUCAUCUUCGGCUGGAGGUGGCGGCACGGUGACUGUCGGCCGACUGGAAGAUCUCACUACAUUCAAUGCGAGUGACUCUCUUGAUGGCUACACUCUGCCCACCGAUCUUCUCAGCAAAAGUACGUUCAACUCUUCGGCCGCAGCUGGUCUCAACCUCACUGCUGAUGAGACACUUGUUCGCAUUGUCAACAAAGACAACCAGCUUCUCUGGCUCAGCGAUCCGGAUGGUAACUUCUACCUAGAGGAGGUGGCCAACGCUGGUCAAAAUGCCGGGCUUAUUGACUUCUUCUUGGAUGACGAAGAACUCAUCAUUGCCAAUCCGCGAGAGCAAUACAUGUUCUUCUACGACGAUGAGAUGAACAAGCUCGGUGUUUCGCGACUCAGGACAAACAUCGAUUCCCUGACUCCCAAAACGGCAACUCUUCUCAGCUUCCAGUCCAUCGACUAUGGCGAUGGUGUGUCGGCUAUCGGUGCACUCGACAACCAGCAAAACAUCUUCUAUGUCAUUACCUGCGACAUCCCGUCUCGAGGGACGAUGCUCUUUGUGGCAAAAGACCCAACGUCUGGUGCAACCACACUCAUGAGUGAUGCCGUGCAAAGCAGCAUCACGGGAGGCAAAGUCACCGAAUGCUACUAUCUCGACUAUUCGCUUGUCAAGACUACGGGCGUCUGA